UACUAUUAUCACUGAUGUUUCAGCAACAACAUCACCUUUAACAACUGAUACUAGUAGACCUGAUGCAAACUUCUCAUCAGCAUCGCGUGUACCACAAUCAUCAUCGACACCUCAAACCAGUGCUAGCCGUGGUCGAGGUCCGGGUAGUCGGAAUAUACUGAAAAAUGAUGAAUUCAUUGGGUCACCUAGAGGGACGAGGAAAAUUAUACUUUUAGAUAUAUUAUACGAUGCGAAAGAAAUGUCGAGUAUUAUUUGUGUAUGUUCCUGA